UUCUACCGUCAUCUUGGUUGUUAUUCCCAAUCUUCCUACCUUCAAGAAGCCAUGGAAGUGGUGGUGCCGGUGCCUGCAGCGGCUGUGGAAUUCAACUUCGACAACACAUGUUCGUCUCCAUACAUGACUGCUCCUUCGAGUCCUCAAAGCUUCGGCAGUAGCUUCUUCUUCGGUGCUCCCACCAGUCCCACUCGUGCUUCUUCCUUUGCAGCGGUUCCUUUCGAAUGGGAGGAAAAGCCUGGUGUCCCUAAAAGAAAAGGUUUUCAUGCAAGAAUACACAAAAAAGAUGAGACCAACGAUGACGAUAAUGGUGGUGGUGAUGAUCGGUGUGAAGAUUUUGAUUUCGAGUUCGAGCUUAGUGGACAGUUUGAGAGAACUUCUUUGUCAGCUGAGCAGCUCUUCGAUGGCGGAAAGAUUCGGCCAUUGAAACCGCCGCCUGGGUUUUCGGAGUUCUCAAGCACCGUUUCUUCUCCGAAAGCGAGAGCUUUUCGAAAGAACGACGUUGAUCCAUUCGAAACAGCCAUCGAGAAGUCUCGUAAAGGAUCGGUAUUAGUGGAGCCAAAAAACAUACAACCAGAAUCGAAAGAACGAGGGAGGAACCGAUCCUCCGCUCGUUCUUCAUCAUCAUCUUCAACCUCCAACAAGAAGUACAACUACGUUCAUAAGAAGAGCAGAUCACUGUCUCCUUUCAGAGUAUCCAACGACACCACGUUCGAGCAAGAGACAAGCAAUCCCAAAUCCUAUGUUUCUUCAAUCCUGUCGGCCAUUUCGUUCUCGAAAGUUAACAGAAAAUGGAAGUUGAAAGAUCUUUUGUUGUUCAGGAGUGCAUCGGAAGGGAGGGCAACGAGUAAUGAUUCUUUCAGAAAAUAUGCUGUUUUGUCUAAGAAAGACGCCGAGGAUCUUAACAAUUUAAGCUUCCAGUCUACUGAGAGUGUCGCGUCGAGUUCGAGGCGAGUUUCGGCUCACGAGUUGCAUUACACGGUGAACCGGGCCAUGUCGGAGGAUAUGAGGAGGAAGACAUUUUUACCAUACAAGCAGGGUCUUCUUGGAUGCUUGGGGUUCAACCCUGGAAUGCAUGAGCUCUCCACGAGUAUUGCGUCUUUGACACAUGGAUGAUCAACAUUUCCUGAUUUAGUGCUUCUUUUUA